GCUCCCACACCAGGGCUGCCUGCAACCGACUCAGCAGAGGCUCGUAAGGCCCCAGCACCUCCACCAGGGCCCGCUGCGCCGCCUCAACCUGCUGGUCCCGCUCCCAGGAGCCUGACACAUCUCGGCGGCCCCUGAAAGUCGACCCCGAAGCCGGGCCUGGGGUCGUGGGCACCCCUUCGGCCUCCGCCAUCUCCCCCCAGCAGCCACAACAUCCGGGGCCGUGGCCCGACAGUCACAAUAACAGCAACUGCGCAGAUGCGCGAUUCGGCCGGGGAGGUGGCUUCGCACCACAGCGCGCUUGCGCACAGGCCCAAGCCCGCGUCCACCCAGAGGGGAGGGAGGACGCCGUACCUCGCCAGCGCCGAGGCGCGGAGCCCGAUCCGGAGGCGCCGAGCCGGAUCCGGAGGCGCGCACGCGCAAUCUGCAUGAAUGAAGGCCAGUGCUUAAAGACGUGCCAUUCGUUGCCAGAACUCAGUUCUCAUUGGAGCGGAGGAAGUUCGUGGGUGGAGCUGGUUGUUUGGCGCCUGCGUCUUGCGGCGAGCGGGCUGGCGUGCGGCGGCGUUGCGGGCGGGAGCGGCUGCAACGCCGGUGCCUGAGGAGCGAUGCCGAGGGAAAUCAUCACCCUACAGUUGGGCCAGUGCGGCAAUCAGAUUGGGUUCGAGUUCUGGAAACAGCUGUGCGCCGAGCAUGGUAUCAGCCCCGAGGGCAUCGUGGAGGAGUUCGCCACCGAGGGCACUGACCGCAAGGACGUCUUUUUCUACCAGGCAGACGAUGAGCACUACAUCCCCCGGGCCGUGCUGCUGGACCUGGAACCCCGGGUGAUCCACUCCAUCCUCAACUCCCCCUAUGCCAAGCUCUACAACCCAGAGAACAUCUACCUGUCGGAACAUGGAGGAGGAGCUGGCAACAACUGGGCCAGCGGAUUCUCCCAGGGAGAAAAGAUCCAUGAGGACAUUUUUGACAUCAUAGACCGGGAGGCAGAUGGUAGUGACAGUCUAGAGGGCUUUGUGCUGUGUCAUUCCAUUGCUGGGGGGACAGGCUCUGGACUGGGUUCCUACCUCUUAGAACGGCUGAAUGACAGGUAUCCUAAGAAGCUGGUGCAGACAUACUCAGUGUUUCCCAACCAGGACGAGAUGAGCGAUGUGGUGGUCCAGCCUUACAAUUCACUCCUCACACUCAAGAGGCUGACGCAGAACGCAGACUGUGUGGUGGUGCUGGACAACACAGCCCUGAACCGGAUUGCCACAGACCGCUUGCACAUCCAGAACCCGUCCUUCUCUCAGAUCAACCAGCUGGUGUCCACCAUCAUGUCGGCCAGCACCACCACCCUGCGCUACCCUGGCUACAUGAACAAUGACCUCAUCGGCCUCAUCGCCUCGCUCAUUCCCACCCCACGGCUCCACUUCCUCAUGACCGGCUACACCCCGCUCACUACGGACCAGUCAGUGGCCAGUGUGAGGAAGACCACGGUCCUGGAUGUCAUGAGGCGGCUGCUGCAGCCCAAGAACGUGAUGGUGUCCACAGGCCGAGACCGCCAGACCAACCACUGCUACAUCGCCAUCCUCAACAUCAUCCAGGGAGAGGUGGACCCCACCCAGGUCCACAAGAGCCUGCAGAGGAUCCGGGAACGGAAGUUGGCCAACUUCAUCCCGUGGGGCCCCGCCAGCAUCCAGGUGGCCCUGUCGAGGAAGUCUCCCUACCUGCCCUCGGCCCACCGGGUCAGCGGGCUCAUGAUGGCCAACCACACCAGCAUCUCCUCGCUCUUCGAGAGAACCUGUCGCCAGUAUGACAAGCUGCGUAAGCGGGAGGCCUUCCUGGAGCAAUUCCGCAAGGAGGACAUGUUCAAGGACAACUUUGAUGAGAUGGACACAUCCAGGGAGAUUGUGCAGCAGCUCAUCGAUGAGUACCAUGCGGCCACACGGCCAGACUACAUCUCCUGGGGCACCCAGGAGCAGUGAGUCCCCCAGGACAGGGACCCUCAUCUGCCUUACUGGUUGGCCCAGGCCCUGCCUGACUGACCACCCCCUCAGAGCACAGAUCAGGGACCUCACGCAUCUCUUUCUCAUAUACAUGCACUCUCUGUUGGCCUGCAAACACAUUUACUUCUCCUCUUAUGAGACUAUUUAUCUUUAAUAAAGCACUGGAUAUAAAUCAA